AUGCCUGAAAAUGUCCUUGCUGUGGAAUUUCCCUUACCCCCCUUGCCUUUCAUAUUUGCUCCUCUUGCACUUUAUAAACAGAAAACAUGCUGUUCAGGCAUCCAGAAUCAUUCUGUGGUGCACCUGCAGAGGUGUAGAAAGCUCCCUGGCAGCAAACACAGGAGUAGUUCCACAGUGCCUUAUAUCAAAGCUGAGAAUGGAGAUAGGCUGAUCAUACUCCGAGAUGACUUCAGACAAAAUCCUUCUGAUGUCAUGGUGGCAGUUGGGGAGCCUGCAGUGAUGGAGUGCCAGCCUCCACGAGGUCAUCCUGAACCCACCAUCUCAUGGAAGAAAGACGGCUCUCCACUGGAUGAUAAAGAUGAACGAAUAACUAUCCGAGGAGGAAAGCUCAUGAUCACUUAUACCCGCAAAAGUGAUGCUGGCAAAUACGUUUGUGUUGGUACCAACAUGGUUGGGGAACGGGAGAGUGAAGUAGCAGAGCUAACUGUUUUGGAGAGACCAUCGUUCGUAAAGAGACCCAGUAACUUGGCGGUAACUGUGGAUGACAGUGCAGAAUUUAAAUGUGAGGCCCGAGGUGACCCCGUGCCUACGGUCCGAUGGAGGAAAGACGAUGGAGAACUGCCCAAAUCCAGAUAUGAAAUCAGAGAUGAUCAUACCUUGAAAAUUCGGAAGGUGAUGGCUGGUGACAUGGGGUCAUAUACUUGUGUUGCAGAAAACAUGGUUGGAAAAGCGGAAGCAUCAGCUACUCUGACUGUCCAAGUGAUUGCAGACCGGCCUCCCCCGGUCAUCCGACAGGGUCCUGUGAAUCAGACUGUAGCCGUGGAUGGUACUUUAGUGCUCAGCUGUGUGGCCACAGGCAGUCCAGUGCCCACGAUUCUGUGGAGAAAGGAUGGAGUCCUUGUUUCAACUCAAGAUUCUCGAAUCAAACAGCUGGAGACAGGAGGGCUGCAGAUCCGAUACGCCAAGCUGGGUGAUACAGGUCGGUACACCUGCAUUGCAUCAACCCCCAGUGGCGAAGCAACAUGGAGUGCUUACAUUGAAGUCCAAGAAUUUGGAGUUCCAGUUCAGCCUCCGAGGCCUACCGACCCAAAUCUAAUCCCUAGUGCCCCCUCGAAACCUGAAGUUACAGAUGUCAGCAGAAACACAGUAACCUUGUCAUGGCAACCAAAUUUGAAUUCAGGUGCAACUCCAACCUCUUACAUUAUAGAAGCCUUCAGCCAUGCAUCUGGUAGCAGCUGGCAGACCGUAGCAGAGAAUGUGAAAACAGAAACAUUUGCCAUUAAAGGACUAAAACCUAAUGCAAUUUACCUUUUCCUUGUGAGAGCAGCAAAUGCGUAUGGAAUUAGUGAUCCAAGCCAGAUAUCAGAUCCAGUGAAAACACAAGAUGUGCCGCCAACAAGUCAGGGAGUAGACCACAAGCAGGUCCAGAGAGAACUGGGAAAUGUCGUCCUGCACCUGCACAACCCCACCAUCCUCUCUUCCUCUUCAAUCGAAGUGCACUGGACGGCGGACCAACAAUCUCAGUAUAUUCAAGGAUAUAAAAUUCUUUAUCGGCCAUCUGGAGCCAACCAUGGCGAAUCAGAGUGGUUAGUUUUUGAAGUGAGGACUCCAACCAAAAAUAGUGUGGUUAUCCCGGAUCUCAAAAAGGGAGUCAACUAUGAAAUUAAGGCUCGUCCUUUUUUUAACGAAUUUCAAGGAGCAGAUAGUGAAAUUAAAUUUGCAAAAACCUUAGAAGAAGCACCCAGUGCCCCACCCCAAAGUGUAACUGUGUCAAAGAAUGAUGGAAAUGGAACUGCAAUUCUUGUCAGUUGGCAGGCGCCUCCAGAAGACACUCAGAACGGGAUGGUCCAAGAGUAUAAGGUUUGGUGUCUGGGCAAUGAAACUCGGUAUCAUAUAAACAAAACAGUAGACGGCUCCACGUUUUCUGUGGUCAUUCCUUCCCUGGUUCCUGGGAUCCGGUACAGCGUGGAGGUGGCGGCCAGCACUGCGGCGGGCGCUGGGGUGAAGAGUGAGCCGCAGUUCAUCCAGUUAGAUUCUCAUGGAAACCCUGUGUCGCCUGAAGACCAGGUCAGCCUUGCUCAGCAGAUCUCCGAUGUGGUGAAGCAGCCGGCGUUCAUCGCCGGGAUCGGGGCAGCCUGCUGGAUCGUCCUCAUGGUCUUCAGCAUCUGGCUGUACCGGCACCGCAAGAAAAGAAGCGGCCUGACCAGCACUUACGCGGGGAUCCGAAAAGUCCCGUCUUUUACCUUCACACCAACAGUAACUUAUCAGAGAGGAGGUGAAGCUGUGAGCAGUGGAGGGAGGCCAGGACUUCUGAACAUCGGUGAACCCGCCGCACAGCCAUGGCUGGCCGACACAUGGCCUAAUACUGGCAACAGUCACAAUGACUGCGCCAUCACGUGCUGCACUGCAGCCAAUGGUAACAGUGAUAGCAACCUGACCACCUACAGUCGCCCAGCUGAUUGUAUAGCAAAUUAUAACAACCAACUGGAUAACAAACAAACAAAUCUGAUGCUCCCUGAGUCAACUGUUUAUGGUGAUGUGGACCUUAGUAACAAAAUCAAUGAGAUGAAAACCUUCAAUAGCCCAAAUCUGAAGGACGGGCGUUUUGUCAAUCCAUCAGGGCAGCCCACUCCUUACGCCACCACCCAGCUCAUCCAGUCAAACCUCAGCAACAACAUGAACAACGGCAGCGGGGACUCCAGCGAGAAGCACUGGAAACCACCCGGGCAGCAGAAACAGGAAGUGGCGCCAAUUCAGUAUAACAUCAUGGAGCAAAACAAACUGAACAAAGAUUAUCGAGCCAAUGACACAAUUCCUCCAACUAUCCCAUACAAUCAGUCAUACGACCAGAAUACAGGAGGAUCUUACAACAGUUCAGACCGGGGCAGUAGUACAUCUGGGAGUCAAGGGCACAAGAAAGGGGCACGGACACCCAAGGUCGCAAAACAGGGAGGCAUGAAUUGGGCAGACCUGCUUCCUCCUCCCCCUGCACACCCUCCUCCUCACAGCAACAGCGAAGAGUACAGUGUUUCUGUAGAUGAAAGCUAUGACCAAGAGAUGCCGUGUCCCGUGCCUCCAGCCAGGAUGUAUUUGCAACAGGACGAACUGGAAGAGGAGGAAGAUGAACGAGGCCCCACCCCCCCUGUACGGGGCGCAGCUUCUUCGCCAGCUGCUGUGUCUUACAGCCAUCAGUCCACGGCCACGCUGACCCCGUCGCCACAAGAAGAACUGCAGCCCAUGUUACAGGAUUGCCCGGAGGAGAUGGGCCACGUGCAACACCAGCCCGAUAGGAGACGGCAGCCUGUGAGCCCUCCUCCACCGCCACGACCGAUUUCCCCACCACACACCUAUGGCUACAUUUCGGGACCUCUUGUCUCAGAUAUGGAUACGGACGCGCCGGAAGAGGAAGAAGAUGAAGCAGACAUGGAAGUGGCCAAGAUGCAGACCAGACGGCUUUUGUUACGUGGGCUUGAGCAGACCCCGGCGUCCAGUGUGGGGGACCUUGAGAGCUCUGUCACGGGGUCCAUGAUCAACGGCUGGGGCUCCGCCUCCGAGGAGGACAACAUUUCCAGUGGACGCUCCAGUGUCAGUUCUUCCGACGGCUCCUUCUUCACCGACGCUGAUUUUGCCCAGGCGGUGGCGGCGGCAGCAGAGUAUGCCGGGCUCAAAGUGGCACGUCGUCAAAUGCAGGAUGCCGCUGGCCGCCGACAUUUUCAUGCGUCCCAGUGCCCAAGACCCACAAGUCCUGUUUCCACAGACAGCAACAUGAGUGCUGCUGUAAUGCAAAAGGCCAGGCCAGCCAAGAAGCAAAAACACCAGCCAGGACAUCUGCGCAGAGAAGCCUACACAGAUGAUCUUCCACCUCCUCCAGUGCCACCACCUGCUAUAAAGUCACCCACUGUCCAGUCCAAGGCACAGCUGGAGGUACGGCCUGUAAUGGUGCCCAAACUACCUUCUAUAGAAGGAAGAACAGAAAGAUCAUCAGAGCGGAAAGUAGGCAGCUACAAAGGGAGAGAAGUAAUGGAUGGACGACAAGCUGCAGAUAUGAGAACAAAUCCAAGUGAUACCAGAGAAGCACAGGAACAGCAAAACGAUGGGAAAGGACGAGGAAACAAGGCAGCAAAACGCGACGUCCCACCAGCAAAGACUCACCUCAUUCAAGAGGAUAUUCUACCUUACUGUAGACCUACUUUUCCAACAUCAAAUAAUCCCAGAGAUCCUAGUUCUUCAAGCUCAAUGUCAUCAAGAGGAUCAGGAAGCAGACAAAGAGAACAAGCAAAUGUAGGUCGAAGAAAUAUUGCAGAAAUGCAGGUUCUUGGAGGAUAUGAAAGAGGAGAAGAUAAUAAUGAAGAAUUAGAGGAAACUGAAAGCUGAAGACAGCCAGAGGCGUGUGCGAUCCAACGUGAAAACUAUCACUCAAGAUGCCUCUUGUCCGAUGACACAUGAUGCCAGAUACAAUGUUCAGUGCAAUCAGAGUGUAAAAAUUGUCAUUUUUAUUCCUCUUAUUGGAAUACCAUUUUUAAAAAUUUUAUCGGAGUUUUAUUGUUGUCGUUUGAUCCUUAUCCCUAUGAAGAACUUCCCUAUUCCCCUCGCUGUCGGAACCAACCUUUAUACUUUACAUCUAGCAAGGGAAGUGUUUGACUUCUUGCUUCAGUUAUCAGCCAGCAAGAGAGAACAAAACCGUUCUUUUGUAUUUUUCCCCUGAGAUAUGGCAUUGCACUGCUUAUACACCAAGACAAUUUACAGCAAAGUAUUGAUCAAAGAUACAGAAUUGAUUAAUCAACCUCAUGGCAAGGGCUCUCAAGAUAUAAUCUUUCUAUAACCAACUGCUACUGCAAGUUAAAACAUAUUUCAUUUUAACAUGAUUUUAAAGUCAGUCUUUCAUACCACCCUCUGCUGGGAGAAAACAAAGUAUAAUAAAUGCAGAAUACCCACAAGUCAAUUUGAAUGGGGAUAGAAACAUUGUAAAUAUAUACUCUUGCAAUCCCUGGUGGUACUUUAUUUUGUCUUCAUUUCAAUCAUUGAAGUAUAUUCUUCCUGGAAAUACACUUUUGGACACGUCCAGAUAAGCCAGUUAGAUCUCUGGCUAUCUAGUCAUUGUCAUAAGUAAGCCUAGCAAAAAACCUUGUUCUAUUUUUCAAUCAAAUGCAAUUAUAAAUGCAUAUUACAAACAAAUGGAUGUUUUUAAUGACCAAUUGAAUAAGGACAUCCCUAUCUUAACUGGCCUAAAUUUCUUCUGAUAGUGUCAGUUCAACUUUCAGAAGUGCCACUUAAGGAAGUUUGAUUUUUGUUUUUGUAAUGCACUGUUUUUAAUCUUUUUUUUUUUUUUUGGUUUUAAAAGCACAAUCACUAAACUUUAUUUGUAAACCAUUGUAACUAUUAACCUUUUUUGUCUUAUUGAAAAAAGUGUUGAGAAGCGUUUUUAACCUGUUUUGUUAAUGCUCUAUGUUUGUAUUUGGAAUAUUCGAAUGAUGACAGGUGGUGAAGUAACGUGCAUACUUUAUUGUGGGCCAUGAACCCAAUGGUUCUUACUUUUCCUCGACUUAAAGAAAAAAGGUUUAAGUUUGUUGUGGCCAAUGUUAAAAAAACUUAUAAGAUUUUCUUAUAAGCUUUAGGAGAGGCAUUACUUGCUUUGAAUUGCCAAAUGAUGCCCUCUGACUGUAGAUUUUUAUGAUCCUUUUUUUCGUUAUAUGGAUUUCAUUGACUUAAUAAUUGGUGCUAUUUGAAGAAAAAAUGUACAUUUAUUCACACACAGGUAUCAGGCCUGACCCCACUGGUAAACAAAGCCAAACAAAACUGAACCACACGGAAAAAGCUGGUGUUCACCCAAAACUAAAAGUGUUCACUUAGAUAAUUUGAAAGUUACAUAGAAAGGGUGUGCAGUACUAAGGGAACAAUCCAUGUGAUUAAUGUUUUCAUUAUGUUCAUGUAAGAAACCUCUUAUUUUUAGCCAUAAUUUUGCAUACUGAAAACCAAUAAUCAGAAAAGUAAUUUUGUCACAUUAUUUAUUAAAAAUGUUCUCAAAUACAUCA